GCCAGACUCAGGGCGCUCUUCUGAUACUUCUAAGAACAGCACUGCAAGCACACUCUGAAGGCAGAAGACAAAUCAGCCCGAGACGCCCCAUUCCCUAUCCUCGGAAAACCCGGUGAUGGCCGCGAAACCUGCCUUAGUCCUGAGCAUCCUAUCUCUUCUGCUUGAGCUGCCCUCGGACCUGUUCCUUCUAGCCUGGGCAGGUGCACACUAUCUUUGCUAUACAAUCAUUGUGUCUCCUAAGCAUCUAUCCUUAGAGAAGUGGUGCACAGUCGAAGGUACAGUGGACGGGAUGACUGUUGUCCGCUCUGACUGUUCUGGUGCCAAGGCCAGAGCCACAGAUGUCCUUGGAAGGAAGGUGAACGGCACCAAGACUUGGGAGCAGCAGUCAGAAAUACUGAAGGACUUGGCCAACAGUUUCAGAGAAGUACUGCUUGACCCUGAGCAUGGGAACUGGAUAUCCUCAGAUUCUGUGGAGCUGAAGGCCAAGAUGACCUGUCAGCAGAACACUGGUGGGAAGUUCACAGCAUCCUGGCACCUUUGCAUCAAUGGAGGGACGUGUCUCUGCUUGGACUCCAACUUAAAAGAGUGCGCCAAUGUCCCUCCUCAAUUCCAUUUGAUGAAGGAGAAGUUGACAGACGAUGAGGAGCUGUACCACUUAUACCGCACAUCAAAAGCGGAGUGUAAGAGCUGGAUGAAGGACUUCAUGGAGGAGUGGAAGGAAAAUGUUGAUACUACAGGUAACUGAGGAGGGUGGAGGAAGACGGAGCUCCCUUCAGAUGAGAUGCUCCCUCGUGCAUGCACCUGUGGCUGUAUAUGAGUGGGUGUGGGUGUGGGGGGGCCUGUGUUUAAAUACUCUAUGUACAAUG